CACGGAAAAAAUGGUUAAUGGUUACAAUUGUCGCUUUUUACACGUUCAUUCCUCCGCUCGCAAGCUCCAUGAUGGCUCCAGGCCUGCCAGAAGUCGCAAAGAUGUUUCACAUCCAGAAUCAGACGGUAACAGCUCUGGCUUUGAGCAGUUUUCUGAUCUCGUUUGCUAUCGGGCCACUUUUUCUGGCCCCGCUUUCGGAAAUGUAUGGCCGAACAUGGAUCCUACACCUGGGAAACUUAUUUUCAUUGGCUUUCAAUCUUGGAUGUGCAUUCUCACCAAAUAUAUCGUCCUUCAUCGCCUUCCGUUUCCUGAAUGGAUUUUCCGGAGCAGCUCCAAUAGCUGUUGGCGGAGGUUCUGUGGGUGAUCUCUUCGCAGAACGGGAACGUGCUUUCGCCAUGUCCUUAUACACCCUGGGUCCACUUCUUGCACCUGCAUUAGGUCCUGUGGCUGGCGGCUUCCUCACAGAAAGAGUGAGCGUGAAAUAUGUAUUUAUAGUCAUUGCAGCUACCUGCGGUAUCGCAAGCCUAAUCGGAAUACCACUUCUCCGUGAGACAUAUGCACCAGUUCUGCAACGACGAAAGGCAAAGAGGAUGGACCCGGAAAAUCGGUUGCAAUUGAACAUUGAAACGCCAGCCGGUAACAUGUCAAAAGCCCAAUACCUGUGGCUCAACCUUAGUCGACCAAUCGUCUUGCUGACGCGUAGCUUUAUCUGCUUCAUUCUCAGCCUAUAUAUGUCCUUUAUCUAUGGCACCUAUUAUCUUAUGUUCGCUACCUUCGCAAGGCUAUUCCACGACAAUUACGGUUUCGGCGCUGGCAUAGGUGGCCUGGUAUAUCUUGGGCUCGGAACAGGCUUCAUGCUUGCGACAUACUUUGGUGCAAGUAUCUCCGACAAUAUUUACUUGCGAUUGGCAGAUAAAAACGGCGGAAAAGGAAAACCUGAGAUGAGGAUACCUCCUUUGAUAUUUGGAUCGUUUUUCAUACCUAUAGGGUUGUUCUGGUAUGGCUGGUCUGCUCAAGCAAAAGUUCAUUGGAUAAUGCCCAUUAUUGGUUCUGGGAUAUUUGGAUUCGGGCAGAUGACAUGCUAGUGAGGGGAUAUUUUUUUUAAAUCGACCGCACAUCUUUGCAUACGUGAAGAAACUCACCUUGCCUUCAGCCUUCCUAUCACAUUGUACCUCGUGGACGCGUUCACAUACGCAGCAAGCGCUCUUUCGGCAGCUUCAGUGAACAAAUCCCUGUUUGCUCUUCUUGGUUGACCUCACUUCUCGUUUCUUCAGGUCCUACGAUCUCUACUCGGGUUUGCAUUCCCGUUAUUCGCGCAGGACAUGUACGACAAGCUGGGAUACGGUCUUGGAACAUCACUGCUCGGCGGACUAGCUAUUGUUCUAGGUAUACCUUUUCCGAUUUGGAUAUAUUAUCGCGGGGAAGCGAUUCGCGCAAAAAGUGACGUCGGUCGAUAGGUCUCUUGUAGAUCACUAGAUUGAUCCAAAUAAAGUCUAUUUUACCUACUCUUUUUCUUAUAUUCAAGGAGCGUAACGCGAAAGGAAUGACAAGGACAGAUACGUACGGAUAUAGUUCAAGCGGGGGAGAGUCCGUCUACCUCAAUUAUCCCAGUCUAACAUUCUUGCAGAGCUGGAUGGUUUCUACUGAUUCAUGACCUUGAGUCCCAAGAUUUCUCGUCGUCUUUUGUUCUCCCCAGCGAUGCCUUCAUCAACCAUCUUGUUCAGUAUACUCAUCUUCCCUGAAAGGCCAACUUGGUACGGUGGCAAUAAAUUUUCUUGACUUCCCCUAACAUGGCCUCUUGUGAUGACUUUGGGUGGCGGUAAAUCAAGACCAGGAGGUGCAGUAGGGUCAUGUUCGAGAGGAUUACGCGGAAUCACGGUCACGAUGAGGGAGGGCUCCGGGGGGGUCGGGACCGGGGUCGUAACGACAGGAACAACAGAUGCUCGAGAUGCAGAGACUUCUUGAAUAGAACUUCUUGCAGUCUUCAGGAGAUGACAUCUAUAUGCGACCGUAUGCAGUCCUUGUUUAUAUCCACCUUCAUAUCUCAUCCCAGAA